AUGGCGAAUCCGAGAGAUGAUAACUUACAGGCGCUGCUAGCGAGUCGGCAGAUGUUGCUGCGUAGGUACUGGGAUGGCCAAAGGAGCUUCCUGGAAUCGAGUACGGGGCUCAAGGUGCAACUAUGUGGGGAGGCACCGACAGGCUUCCUGUCAGCUCUCGUCAAGAGUAGGAAGGCCAAAGUGGGGAUUAAAGUGUUGGUGCAGGAUGGUGUCAGCUAUACGGACGCAAGGUGUAUCCUGGAAACGGCAACACUGCACUUCAGGGAGGCCUUUGAUAAGACUCCUGGGUUGGCGGAUGCAGAGGCUGAGCUGCAGUGGGCGCCCAGGGCGAUUCUGGAAGAGGCAUCUGCAGAGGCGUUAGCAAAAGACUGGACGGAGGAAGAGGUUAAAAAGGCGAUCAGAGAGUUGGCGAACGACAAAUCUCUGGGGAGGGACGGUCUACCGAAGCAGUUGUUUCAUAGCCAUUGGGAGGUGUUGAAGGGGCCACUGAUGAAGAUGGUGAGGGAGUUCGUGGCUACUGGAAAGAUGCCGGAUGUGGUGAACGAGGCAGUCACCAUGCUGCUGUACAAGAAGGGAGCGGAGACUGCCGUCAAGAACUACAGGCCUAUCACGUUGCUGACAAGCAUGUACAAAAUACUAGCGAAAGUGGUGGCGACAAGAAUAAAAGCGGUUCUGUACCAGGUCAUCUCAAGAGAGCAGUACGGAUUCUUACCCGAGAGGCGACUCACGAAUGCAGUGCCAAUGGUGGCAGACUUGAUCGAUGCGGCAAAAAAUAAGAACAAGGACUGGUGUAUUAUGAUGGUCGACUUCGAGAAGGCGUACGACUCCGUGCGCAAGGGGUACAUGAUGAAGACGAUAUCAUGCAUGGGCUUUCCACCGUGUUUCGUGAACUGGAUUGAGGCCCUGCACAGUGAUGUCCACACACGGCUAUGCAUUAACGGGUGGACGGGGGAGCAGAUCCAAAUGCGGAAAGGGGUGAGGCAGGGACGUCCUCUAGCGCCUUACCUUUUCUUGUGUGCGGUGGAGCCACUGAGUAGGAUGGCGGGAGAAAGGAAGCUGGGCAUCGGGGAAAAAGGAUGCGAGAGGCUGUCUUAUGUGGGGUACGCGGAUAAUACCACCUUGUUGCUUAACGGGGAGCAACAGCUAAAGGAGGCAGACAAAAUGUUGCGGGAGUUUGCAGUGAUGUCGGGGCUGAAAGCCAACAUCGGGAAGUCCGCGAUCCUACCAUUGGGGAAGAACAUCGACAAGCCGUCAUUGGAGCGGUUAGUGUAUAAGUGGGUCGGCAAAGACGAAGCAGAAAGGUUGCUUGGCGUGUGGGUGACCCUAGGUGGGAGUGCACGAACUACCUGGGAAAAGGCCUUCGACAGGGCGGCGAGUGUGUUAAGCAAGUGGCAAACAAAGUAUCUCACGACAGGGGCGAGGGUGACGAUGAUCAAUAGUUACGUGCUGCAUGUGUUCCUAUUCCAGGCGUGGGUGUACCCGCCUGAUGACCUGCUGUGGAAGAGGGUGGAGACUCUAGUGGAAGAUUUCAUUUCAGCUAAUUAUGUGGACACGGAGAAGCACUUCCGGCUCUGGAGCGGAGACCUGAUGUACGCGCCGAGAGAGCAAGGAGGCUUGGGUGUGAUAGAUCCGAAAGGAAGGAUCGACAGUGUGGUGUUGAGAUGCAUGGGGUUGGCACUGAUGCAGGGGUGUCCGGUUAGGCGCGGGGUGACUGAAAGCGUGACAGAAUUGGUGCUCGGGUGGGCGACGCUGUACGCGCACAAGGCGGUGCUCAAAGGGGGGAUGAUUAAGAGUAGGAGGUGGGCGAAGCUGUGCAAGGUGGUGCUGAAGUUGUCGGUCUGCAGGUACCAGAGGCUGAGUCGCGGUGGGAGGUAG